GUAGGAAACACUGUUGACCAUGCAAACACGACUUCUUCCCAUCACAGACAGGACAGUCUUAUAGCAAGCUCAGCCUUUGGUCCAGAUUCUUCUCUUGAUGCAACACAGGGAUUUCUGCAUAUGCUUGAGACAUUGAAGGCUGUCCUGAAGAUCAUAGUCCUUCCUACUGUUGGGAUUCCUUGAAUGGACUAUAAAUUACAGCUCUCUACCAUGCCUGGUAUUUCCUCAAAUAUCUUCUUAUCAAAAGUCUCAUCUAAAAUGAGUGAGACACCUUCUACUAGUUUCUCCAUGAUUCGUCUGACUUCUUCUGAAGGUCAAGUUCCUUCUCGCCAUUCAAAUGUCACUCAUCCCACAGUGGCUAAACGCAUCAGUUUCUAUAAGAGCGGAGAUCCCCAGUUUGGUGGUGUUAGGGUGGUGGUCAACCCUCGUUCCUUUAAGACUUUUGAUGCCCUGCUAGACAAUUUAUCCAGGAAAGUGCCCUUGCCCUUUGGGGUGAGGAAUAUCAGCACGCCCCGUGGACGGCACAGCAUCACCAAGCUAGAGGAGCUAGAGGACGGCGAGUCUUAUGUAUGCUCCCACAAUAAGAAGGUGCUUCCGGUUGACCUGGACAAGGCCCGCAGGCGCCCUCGGCCCUGGCUCAGUAGUCGCUCUAUAAGCACACAUGUGAAGCUCCGCUCUGCUACUGCCACUAUGCCCACCACCGCUCCUGGCUUGUUUCGUGCCCCAAGGAGGCUUGUGGUCUUUCGGAACGGUGACCCAAAGACCAGGCGUGUGGUCCUUCUUAGCCGGAGGAUCACUCAGAGCUUCGAAGCCUUUCUACAGUACCUGACACAGGUCAUGCAGUAUCCUGUGGCAAAGCUGUAUGCCACAGACGGAAGAAAAGUUCCUAGUCUCCAAGCAGUGAUACUGAGCUCUGGAGCUGUGGUGGCAGCCGGAAGGGAGCCAUUCAAACCAGGAAAUUACGACAUCCAAAAAUACUUGCUUCCUGUCAAGUUACCAGGAAUCUCUCAUCGCGUGCACCGGAAGGGAAAAGCCAAGAUAGAAAAAAGAAAGAGUGGAAACUGGAAAGUUUUAAUAAUCACUAGUGACUUUCCAAAUGCAGGGACCAGCUCACAGGUUUAUAUUGUGUUAUACGGACACUGUAGGAGUUCAGCACCUAUAUAUCUUUCUGGAAGAGAUGGGACUCGAUUUCAGGAUGGACAUGAAGACAACUUUACUAUCACAGUUGGGGACAUAGGAAUUCCAUUUAAGAUUCGUGUUGGCCACACAAAUUCCGGAUGCUCCCCUUCCUGGCACUGUAAGGGGAUAGAACUGCAAAACAUGAAUUCUGGACAAAAGUUUUAUAUUCCUGUUCAGCGAUGGCUGGCACAAGAGCAAGAGGAUGGAGAAAUCUGCCGAGAAUUUCCUAUUUUAAGUAAAGGACAGCCUGUCCUUCCAGUGACAACAUAUGAGGUGUACAUUACAACAGGUGAGCUCUGGAAUGCUGGAACAAUAGCCAAUGUCUACCUUUCUAUCUAUGGGGAAAAAGGAGAUACAGGAUCCAGGAAACUCUUCAGAUCCAAGAACUCUUUAAAGUUUUUAAGAGGACAAAUUGAUACCUUCUUUCUGGAAGCUGUGAACCUUGGAGUUUUAUGCAAGAUCGUGAUAGGCCAUGAUGGACUUGGCCAAGGAAAUGGCUGGUUUCUUGAGGAUGUUGUGGUCAGGGAUCCCACAACCAACCAUGAGUAUGCCUUCUUCUGUCACAGAUGGCUGGAUGAAGGAGAAGAUGAUGGUAAAAUUGUCAGAGAAAUAUAUGCUAGGGAUAAGACUAUCUUCUCUGUGAGGAAGAAGCUAGAACGUAAGAGGAAAGAAACAUGGGCUGCUGAGAGAUGGAAGUUUAUGAAAGGAAAUACUCUUCAGUUUUACAACAAGCUCACUGGAGGGUUUGUCCGUCUUCAUCCAGAUGGCUCGGUUGAUGCUGCUGGAGAGCAGACAGACAGAUACAGUCUUUUCGAUGUGAUUUUCAACAAAGGAAAUAUAUGUGUUUUCCAAAGCCAUGAGAUGAGGCAUCUCUCUCUUACCCUUGACAAUGGCUUUGUCACUGGAAUGGCUGGUGGAGGAGCCUGCUCUGAGCUGAGGGUGCUUCAUCAGCCCAACCAUUGUGCACUUCUUGAGUCGGUACUGCUUCCUGGGCACACCCUAACCGUUGAUCGGCAGGGCAAAGUAGCUGAUGAGUCCUCUGCAGGCUAUGCAGAGCUUUCAAAAGAAUUCUCGGUAUUUGUUAAGGGUGUAUUCCUCAACAGUGCUGUGGUUAUACUCGCUACAAGCUUGUGUCAGGCCCUAUGUCUACAGCCCAAUGGGACCUGCACCGGAGCAGGGAGCCAGUCAGAACAAUCCUACUGGAGAGUGCACAGAAUCAGGUCUGGGAUCUGCAUGUUUGAAAGUGUGAAAACUGCUCAGAUGUAUCUGAGGAUUAAGGAUGGGUGCUGUAAUGGAAUGGGCACUGGAGACACUGAUUGUCAUUUUAAAAUCAAGAAGAACCUGGAAAAUGCAUCUAUAAGUCUGGAAUCUCUGAAGAGCCCAGGGCUGUUUGUUGGACUUCAACCAGAUGGACAGGCAAAACCCGUCAUUUAUACUAAAAAUGAGAGUGUUUGCUUCUAUCCACGUGUCAUCCAAUUUGGCAGGGAGAACCCAAUGGGAAUGUCUGCAACACCGAGCCAAGGAGAAAACAAGACCAGACCACCAGAAUCCAAGACCAGAUGUCCCUCACCAUUGUCAUCAGAAAAAGAAAGCAGGCAUUCACACAGUACUGAAAACCUUCUGUCUGAAGAAAAUUGGAAGGUCUUAGUGCUGACUGGAGAUACAGGUACUCAAGCCAACGUCACAUUGUGGGUGUAUGGAGAUGAAGGAAUCACUGGACCAAUCAGUCUUACCAAGGACAGCCAAGAGCAGCUCUUCCUUCCAGGAAAGAUGGAUGAGUUCCAGGGCUUUGGUGCAGGGUGCUCUUCAUGGAGAUCUCUUGACUGGCUAGGUGCAGGUUCCAGAGACGGGGAGAGAACUCAGGCAGGGAGAGGGAACAGCUUGUGCUGCCCCAGCUGUCAGUUCUUCUCCUUUGCUCAACUGCUGCCACGUGGGUUGCUCAGCCAGGUUGAGCCAGCAGGAGACUGGCUAGCAUCGUCAUCGUCAUCAUCGUUGAGCCAGCAGGAGACUGGCUAGCAUCGUCAUCGUCAUCAUCGAGGGGUGCAGGGGAGUUUCUGGCAGGGAUUUUGGGAGAGGAGAUCCCUCCCCAAAGCGGCAGUGUUACAACUCUUAUCAGAUGAUGGAAUCAUUCCUGCACACCUUUAAUCCUGAAGACUCUUAAAUAAAGUUUUUUUUUUGAAUGGGUCAGUGUCUAACAGCAGGUACUUCCUAUUGGUUUGGCCUGAGAGCUUUGGGAAGACCUCAUCUACAUAUUCAGUGGUAUGGUCCUGUUUCUAUGACUGAUCUGUCUUGAGCCUAUAUGACCUGUGGUCAUGUCCUCACCUGUGGAGGAGGAGUUUGGGUCAUUGCUCUAAGAAACUGGGCUGUCACAAACCUCUUUACAGGGGUUUGUGGGGGGCUGCUGCUAGUGAGGCCCUAAUCUAGGAGGCUGGGAAUGCAUCUGCCAUCCCUUUUAGGGUCUCCCGGGUAUUCGACCUGUCUUGACCAGGAAUCAGGGUACCUUUCACUGCCUGCCACCCCACAAUUCCCCCUUUUACUUUUUUAAAUGAGGUAUCAUUUGUAGUGAAAUGUUUUCAUGGUAUUGAAGUACCCAAAGAAAACACUAAAUAGGCUGGAGGGGUAGUACAAGUAAACUAGAGUGGUAAUGAGGUUUGAGGGUGGGGGUUGGGGGGACAAAGUUUCAUUGAACCAAGUAAUUGUCCCAUGUGUUGAAUAGUAUGAGGGUAUUAACAUUGUUUUUAAACAACAUUAGAUUAAUCUAGCUAGACAUCAUGUUUUCCUCACUAUCAUGUAACUUUCCCCAAGUUCAGUAGCCAUUUGGCUUUGUGAAGAGAGUUCAUCUGUAACUGGAAGGUCUCAAGUCUGUGGGUCUCAGCUGUCAUCUGGAUCUCAGCAUGUGUCUCGGGAGUCUUCAGUCAGAUGAGGUGUCUGGAGGAAGACAUCUCUGUUGUCUCAGGCAGGUCCAAGGAGAUGGUGUUCAGUCUCGGCUGGAUCUGUGGGAGCAGCAUUGUAGAUAAACCUGUAAGGUGAUCACAACAGAGGAGAAGAACACCAGCAGGGGGAUGUCUGCAUUGGAUGGGUAGUGUGGGUUAAGCCUGUGAUGGUUUGCUUGGGAACACAUCAUGGUCUGUUAUGAUUCUAGAAAUACAAGGGUGUUUGAGGAGUUUAGUCAUGGAAGGCAUCCUUAUCUCUGCUUUAAAUGACUGAGGAAGAAAACACCAUGUUAGUUAUGUAUCUGGGACAGGCAGUAACAGUUUGUCUGUGAAAGAAACUGGUUAAUUAAGGAUUAGUUGGUUUGACCUGUGUGAGUAGAUUAGAUGACUUUUAAACCUUAGAGGAAAUUUUUUGGACAUAAAUCAUGAAAAAAAAACAUUAAAUAAAGAGAAAAUAAACAUUUAAAUAAAGAGACAUGGAAAUCUUGGGUUGAGAAGCAUGAACAUUGUCUUAGGUGUUCCUGUUAGAGAGAACAAGCAUUUAAGCAAAGCCUGAAAACUUUCUUCAUUGAGUUUCUUCACUGUCUUAGGCAGGCCUAAGAUGUAGUGAGGGAAGGGCCUGCUCUGCUGUGAUGCUGCUGCUCUAAGCAGGCUGAUCUUUGUGUUUUCCCUGUUUUUUUUUUUUCUUGGUUGGUAAAUCCUAAAUGUAGAUUGGAAGGAGAUGAAAAGGCCAACUUCGAAGAAAAGCUCAAAGGAGGAAUAGAGUCUUGAUAGGAUAGCAUAGUCAGGGGCAGAGGAAGUGAGAAGCAGUUGUUGGGUUAAUGGUGGGGGAUUCCGCAUCUGCUCCACUGCAAGGCAUAGCCACUGGGGGGGCAGGACACAGGGAGUUUGGCAUGCUUACCCCAUGCUGCCACCGGGUGAGUGUCAGCUGUGGAAAACCAUUCUGUGGUUGGGGAAUAGUCUGAUUUAUGGGGACAGCCAGCCAGAGCUGGCUCGUGUGGGGAGGGCUGUGAGAAGACCCCGAGCUGUCUGGUUCCCAGGCUCCUGGACACUCAGGUGCCCUUGGAUGCUGAGGAAAAGCCGAGAAUGGAGUGGGGGGCUCACCGGCAGGGUUUUCCCAGCCUGAAAGAAAAGGGGGGGGGGAACUCCAGCUGAUCCCGUGGUGGGAAUCCUUGGCUUGUCUGCAGUUGGCUGUAGGCUUGGGAUUAAUGGCGGCCACAGCUGGGAACAUAGAGAGGCUUUCCACAGAAGAUUAGUCCUUGGCUCUGUACUAGGAGGACUUCUCUACAGCUCCUAAUGGCGGUGGGACUUCUCGGGGCAGGCCUGAGAUUAAAAACCUUUUGCAGGGAGGAGUGUCUGGGAAGAAAAAACUAAUUGGCUAAGCUUCUAGGUCCUUAGAUAUUUCAUUAUUAUGAAGAUCUGUCUAUUACUAAUAGGGGGACAUUGGCAGGGAUGGCUGAAACGUGUGGUAAACCUAUUUGUGGGGAACCCCAGGCUCACACUGUUUUGUUACUGGUCCUCAAAUCUGUAGCACCAGCUGUUCUUCUACCAGCUGUGUGAGGGCUCUGAGCUUUUCCCUUGAGGCCACUGUGGGACCCAGAUGCCUUCGUUAGGGAGACAAUCAAGGCAGGUAGUAUUAAAUCUAACCGUAGCUCUUAGAAUUGGGGAUGAUUGGGAGGAGGAUUUUUAGGAACUCUUCCCCAAGCAGCAGCUCUUAAGACAGUGUCUCACAGCAGGCACUUCCAAUUUGUUUGUCCUCAGAGCUUGGGAAGACCUCAUCUACAUAUUCAGGGGUGUGGUCCUGUUUCUAUGACUGAUCUGUCUUGAGCCCCCAAAACAUAUCAGGAUUCUCUUUAUGUAUAGAAAGGGGGCAAUGACUUCCAUUCUUUAUAAAUCCUGGAAUUCUGUAUGAUAGAAAGAGUAUGUAUAAACCUUAAGAAAGAAUCACAUUUACUACACAGUAAAUGCAUUACAUCAGUGCAAAAGUAAUUGUAGCAAUUUUACACUGCUGAAAUUUUCUGUGUGUUAUUAGAAUGCCUUCUUAAAUAAAUAUAGUUAAGUCAUACAUCAUUUUAAUAUGUUUCCUUCCCUUUGUGAUUUUGGUUAAUGGCUUUCUGUUUGUUUUAUAUUUAUUUUAUACUAUGGAAAGGAUGUUACAGAAAAAAAGCAAAUUAAAGCUAUAUUCUUUUUUAUAUAUUGUAUAUUUUAUUUAUUUACAGCUUCUAUGAAUAUGCUCCCACUCUAACCCACCCACUUCCAACUCAACACCUUGGCAUUCCCCUACACUGGGGAAAUGAGCCUUUACAGGACCAAGGGCUUCUCCUCCUACUGAUGCCAGACAAGACCAUUCUCUGCUACAUAUGCAGCUGGAGCCUUGGUCCCCUCUAUGUGUACUCUUCGGUUGGUGGUUUAGUCGCCGGGAGGUCUAGGGGGUUUGGUUGGUUGAUAUUGUUGUUCUUCCUAUGGGGUUGCAAACCUCUUUAGCUCCUUCAGUCUUUUUUUUUUUCUAAUCCCUCCAUUGUAGUCCCCGUGGUUGUCCAAUGGUUCUCUGCAAGCAUCCUUAUCUGAAUCAGUAAGGCUCUGGCAGAGGCUCUCAGGAGGCAUCUAUAUCAGGCUUCAGUCAGCAAGCACUUCUUGGCAUCAGCAAUAGUGACUGGAUUUGAUGGCUGCAUAUGGGAUGGAUCCCUAGCUGGGGAAGUCUCUGGAUGACUUUUGCUUCACUCCCUGCUCCACUUUUAUGAAGCAUUUGGUUCAUAACUUGUUAGUUUUACUGUGUCUCUGUCUAGUUUCUGUUCUCAUGAUCUGUCCAUUGGUGAGAGUGGAGUGUUGAAGUCUCCCACUAUUAUUGUGUGAGGAGCAGUGUAUGUUUGGAGUUUUAUUAAAGUUUCUUUUAUGAAUGUGGGUCCUCUUGCAUUUGGAGCAUAGAUGUUCAGAAUUGAGAGUUUAUCUUGGUAGAUUUUUCCUUUGAUGAGUAUGAAGUGUCCUUAUCUUUUUUGAUAACUUUUGGUUGAAAGUCAAUUUUAUUUGAUAUUAGAUUGGCUACUCCAGCUUGUUUCUUGGGACCAUUGUUGGAAAAUUGUUUUCCAGCCUUUUACUCUGAGGUAGUGUCUGUGUUUGCCACUGAGGUGUGUUUCAUGUAUGCAACAAACUGCUGGGUCCUGUUUAUGUAUCCAAUCUGUUAGUCUAUGUCUUUUUAUUGGGGAAUUGAGUUCGUUGAUGUUUAGAAAAUUUAAUGAAUAGUAAUUGCUGUUUCAUGUUAUUUUGGGGUAUUUUUUGUAGUCGAAUUAUGUUUGUGUGAUAUCUUCUUUUGGGUUUGUUGCAAGAAGAUUACUUGCAACAAGUAAUAGUUUCCCUCCUUGUGUUGGAGUUUUCCUUUGUAGGGCUGAAUCUGUGGAGAGAUAUUGCAUAAAUUUGGUUUUGUCAUGGAAUAUCUUGGUUACACCAUCUAUGGUAAUUGAGAGUUUUGCUGGAUAUAGUAGCCUGGGCUGAUAUUUGUGUUAUCUUAGGGUUUGUGUGAUACCUACCCAGGAUCUCCUAGCUUUCAUAGUCUCUGUUGAGAAGUCUGGUGUAAUUCUGAUAAGACUGCCUUUGUAUGUUACUUGACCUUUUUUCCUUACUGUUUUUAAUAUUCUUUCUUUGUUUUGUGCAUUCGAUGUUUUGACUAUUAUGUGACAGGAGGAAUUUCUUUUCUGUUCAAAUCUUUUUGGAGUUCUGUAGGCUUCUUGUAUAUUUAUGGGCAUCUCUUCUUUAGGUUAGGGAAGUUUUCUUCUAUAAUUUUGUUGAAGAUAUUUACUGGCCCUUCAAGUUGGGAAUCUUUGCUCUCUUCUAUACCUAUUAUCCUUACAUUUCAUCUUCUCAUUGGGUCCUGAAUUUCCUGGAUAUUUUGGUUCAGAGCUUUUUCAUUUUUGCAUUUUCUUUGACUAUUGUGUCAAUGUUUUCUAUGAUAUCUUCUAUAGCUGAGAUUCUCUUUUCUAUCUCUUGUAUUCUGUUGGUAAUGUUUCUGUCUAUUACUCCUGAUCUCUUUUUGAGGUUUUCUACCUCCAGGGUUGUCGCCCUUUGUGAUUUAUUUACUGUUUAUAUUUCCAUUUUAGAUACUGAAUGUUUUUGUUCAAUUUCUUCAUCUAUUCGGUUGUUUUUUUCUGCAACUCUUUAAAGAGUCUUUGUGUUUCCUCUUUAAGAGCUUCGAUUUGUUUACCUGUGUUCAUCUGUACUUCUUUAAUGAAGUUAAUAUGUCCUUAAAGUCCUCUGUCAUCAUCAUGAAAUGUGAUUUUAAAUCCAAACCUUGCUUUUCUGGUGUGUUGGGGUAUCCUGAACCUGCUGUGGUAGAGGAACUGGAUUCUGAUGAUUCCAAGUAGUCUUGGUUUCUGUUGCUUAAGUUCUUAUGCCUGCCUCUCACCAUCUGGUUGUCUGUGAUGUUAGUUGGUCUUGCUGUCUCUGACUGGAGCUUAUUCUUCCUGUGGGCCUGUGAUCAUAGGAGUCAGAGCACUCUUGGGAGACGAGCUGUGUCUGGAUAGGCUUUGGAUCUGGAGGCUGUGUCCUAGGCCUUAGUUCUGGGUGCAGAUGGAGACUGGAAAAUAAAGCUAUAUUCCUAUGUAAAUUUAAAAUGGGUCAUAAAGCAGUAGAGGUGUUUGCUACUUCACAACGUAUUUGACUCAAGAGCUGCUGAUGAACGUACAGUGCAAUGAGGGAUGGUUUAAGUAGUUUUGCAGAGUGGAUGAGAACCUUCAUUAUCAGGAACCAGUGUCUCAACAUCAAUAACUAAGUGAAAGCCCCUUUCAAACCUGAUACAUUUACAGCUACAGGAGAACUAGCCAAAGAACUGAGAGGUGACCACAUGGAGCAAGCUGAAAAGGUAAAAAGACUCAAUGGGUGCCUAUGAGCUGGCUGGAAAAAAUUGUCACUUUUGAACUGUCAUUUUCUCUUAAUUCUAUUCAGUGAUGAAUAAAUUCUUGAUGAGAUUGUGGCAUGUGAUAAAAAGAUUGCACACAACCAGAAGCUCCCAAGCUUUUUCCAAUGGCAAACUUGCAUAAAAAUAGUCAUGGUCAAUUAGAUCAUCUACAGCAGGGCUGUCUAUGAUAGUUUCUUGAAUAUCAGUAAAACCACGUCUGAGAAAUAGGCUCAGCAAACUUAUGGGUUGCACCAUGACUGCAGAAGCUACAGUAGUGUUGGUCCAAUGGAAUGGACUCAUUUCUUUUUCAUGAUGCCUCACAAUCUCUAACUGCAUAUGGGACAAUCACCGAGACAAAGGAUGAAGAUAUUGGGCUAGAAAGUUCUGUCUCAUCCACUGUAUUACCCUCAUUUCUGCCAACAAAACCUCUUCAAGCCUAUCCAUGACUUUUUGAAUGGAAGACCUCCCACAAAGCACAAAUUUUAUGUCAUUUGAAUAAAAAAUUAUUUAUUAUCAGCAACAGUAUAUAAUGGUCCCUAGUUUGAUCAAUUAAGAUGUAUUUUUGUUUAGUUAUAAUAGCCAAAAGUUCAUAAUCUGCAAGCACAAUUCAUUUUGUAUCAACCUAAUUGUAAUUGGUAAAGAACAGAGAUCCUUGGGUCAUAAACAUGAAAUUAAGAUUAAUGAAUAUAUUAUUGGUUUCUUUACUUUGGAUGAAGUGCUUAUACAUUUUCCAGUAAUGGAGGCUGGGUCUACAAAGCCUUUUGAAUUCUGCAGAUGUAUGGACUCUAACAUAUUAGCAUAGCUAACACUAGAAGCUUACAACAUAUCAGGUCCCUUUCUAUACCCACUGGCUCAGAAUCUAAGUUUUAGUAAGAUUCUCAUAUUCAUCAAAGGGAAAAUCCACCAAGAGAAAGUCUCAAUUCUGAACAUCUAUGCCCCAAAUGCAAAGGCUCCCACAUUCAUAAAAGAAACUUUAGUAAAGCUCAAAACACACAUUGAACCUCAUACAAUAAUAUUGGGAGACUUCAACAUCCUACUCUCACCAAUGAAAAGGUCUUUGAAACAAACUAAACAGAAACAGAGUGAAACUAACAGAGAUUAUGAACCAAACAGAUUUAACAGAACAUUUCAUCCUAAAAAAAAAGAAUAUACUUGGUUUUCAGCACCUCACGGCAUCUUCUCCAACAUCGACCACAUAAUUGGUCACAAAACAACCCUCAACUGAUACAAGAAGAUUGAAAUAAUCCCAUGCACCCUAUCAGAACAGCAUGGCAUAAAGCCCGUCUUCAAUAACAACAAAAGCAAUAGAAAACAUACAUACAAGUGAAAACUGAACAACUCUCCAUUCAGUGGUAAUGUGAUCAAGAUUGAAAUAAAGAAGAUAAGACUUCCUGGAAUUUAAUGACAAUGUUGACACAUUAUACUCGAACCUAUGGGACACAAUGAAAGCAGUGCUAAGAGGAAAAUUCAUAGCACUAAGUGCAUUGGUAAAGAAACUGGAGAGAUCUUAUACUAGAAACUUAACAGCACACCUGAGAGCUCUAGAACAAAAAGGAGUAAACUCACUCAAGAGGAGUAGAAGGCAAGAAAUAGUCAAACUCAGGGUUGAAAUCAACCAAAUAGAAACGAAGAGAACAAUACAAAGAAUCAGCAAAAGCAAAAGUUGGUUCUUUGAGGGAAUCAACAAGAUAGAUAAAACCCUAGCAAACUAACUAAAGGGUCCAAAGCCAGUAUCCAAAUUAACAAAAUCAAAAUGAAAAGGGAGACAUAACAACAGAAGUGGAGGAAAUUAAAAAAAUCAUCAGAUCCUACUACAAAAGCCUAUACUCAACAAAACUGGGAAAUCUAGAAGAAAUGGAUUGUUUUCUAGACAGGUACCACAUACUAAAGUUAAAUCAAGGGCAGGUAAUAGAAGAAUUCAUUAAAAACCUCCCAACCAAAAAAAAAAAAAAGAACGAAAGAAAGAAGUCUAGGGACAAAUGGAUUAAAUUCAGAAUUCUACCACACCUUCAAAGAAGACCUGAUACCACUAUUCCUCAAACUAUUUCAUAAAAUAGAAACAGAAGGAACACUACCUAAUUCAUUGUAUGAAGCCAUAAUUAUUCUGAUAUCUACACCACACAAGGACCCUACCAUAAAAGAGAACUUCAGACUGAUCUCGCUUAUGAAUAUUGAUGUGAAAAUACUCAAUAAAAUUCUCACAAAUUGUGUCCAAGAACAUAUCAAAACCAUCAUUCACCACGAUCAAGUAGGCUUCAUCCCAGGGAUGCAAGGUUGCUUCAAUGUAAGAAAAUCCAUUAACAUAAUCCACUAUAUAAACACUCAAAGAAAAAAAAUCACAUGAUCAUAUCCUUAUAUGCAGAAAAAGCAUUUGACAAAAUACAACACUCCUUUAUGUUGAAAAUAUUAGAGAGGUCAGGAAUUCAUGGCCCAUACCUAAACAUACUAAAAGCAGUUUACUGCAAACCAACAGCCAAUAUCAAAUUAAAUGGGAGAUGCUUGAAGCAAUCUCACUAAAAUCUGGGAUGGGACAAGGAUGCCCACUCACCCAUAUCUUUCUAAUAUAGUACUCAAAGUGCUAGCUAGCACAAUAAGACAACAAAAAGAGAUCAAGGGGAUACAAAUUUGUAAAUAAGAAUUAAAGGUAUUAUUAUUUGCAGAUGAUAUGAUAGUAUAUAUAUAUAAGUGACCCCAAAAAUUCUACCAGAGAAUUUCUGUAGCUGAUAAACAACUUCAGUAAAGUGGCUGGAUAUAAAAUUAACUCAAAUAAUUCAAUAGCCUUCCUUUAUACAAAUGAUAGACAGGCUGACAAAGAAAUUAGGGAAAUGAUUCCCUUCACAAUAGCCACAGACAAUAUAGGGGUAACUCUAAGCAAACAAGUGAAAGACCUUUAUGAUAAGAACUUCAAGUCUCUCAAGAAAGAAACUGAAGAAGAUCUCAGAAAAUGGAGAGAUCUCCUAUGCUCAUGGAUUGGCAGAAUUAAUAUAGUAAAAAUAGCCAUCCUACCAAAUGCAAUCUACAGAUUCAAUGCAAUCUCCAUCAAAAUCUCAACACAAUUCUUCAAAGACAUGGAAUGAGCAAUUCUCAAAUUCAUCUGAAAAGACAAAAAACCCAGAAUAGCAAAACCAAUUCUUAACAAUAAAAGAACAGCUGGGGGGAUUACCAUCCAUGACCACAAACUCUACUACACAGCAAUAGUGAUAAAAACUGCAUGGCAUUGGUACAGAUGCAGACAGUUUGAUCAAUGGAAUAGAAUUGAAGACCCAGAAAUAAAAUCACACAGUUACACACGCUUGAUCUUUGACAAAGAAGCCAAAAAUAUACAAUGAAAAAAAAAGCAAGCAUCUUCAAUAAAUGGUGCUGGUCUAACUGGAUAGCUGUAUGUAGAAAAAUGAAAAUAGACCCAUAUUUGUCACCAUGCCCAAAGCUUAAGUCCAAGUUGAUCAAGGACCUCAACCUAAAAUCUAAUACAAAGACUCUAAUAGAAGAGAAACUUGGAAAGAGCUUUGAACUCAUUGGCACAGGCAAAACAAAACCGAGAAUUCACAGUAAAGGAAUCUUGAAUGGCUGAGAAGCACUUAAAGAAAUGUUCAAAGUCCCUAGUGAUCAGAGAAAUGCAAAUCAAAAUAACCCUGAGAUUCUGCCUUACACCAGUCAGAAUGGCUAAGAUCAAAACCUCAUGUGACAACAGAUGCCUGUGAGGAUGUGGAGAAAGGAAGCACUCCUUUAUUGCUUGUGUGAUUGCAAACUGGUACAACCACUCUGGAAAUCAAUUUGGAGGUUCCUCAGAAAAUUGGAAAUAGACCUACCUAAAGAUCCAGAAAUACCACUCUUAGGAAUAUACCCCAAAGAUGCCCCACCUUACCACAAGGGCAUAUGUUCCACUAUGUUCAUAGCAGCCUUAUUUGUGAUAUCCAGAAGCUGGAAACAACCCAGAUGUCCCAUGACAAAAGAAUGGAUACAGAAAAUGUGGUUCAUUUUACACAGUGGAAUACUACUCAGUUAUUAAGAAUGAGGACAUCCUGACUUUUUCAGGCAAAUGGAUGGAACUAGAAAAUGUCAUCCUGAGUGAGGUGACCAAAACGAGAAGCAUGGUAUAGUCUCACUAAGAAGUGGAUAUUAGCAAAUAAAUAAAUAAAUAAAUAAAUAAAUAAAUAAAUAAAUAAAUAUAAAAAUAAAAAA